AUGUGGAAAUCAAAUCUUACUCAACAUCUGAGGAUUCAUACGGGAGAGAAACCUUAUAAAUGUAAUGAAUGUGAGAAAGCCUUUCAAACAAAAGCAGUCCUUGUCCAGCAUCUGAGAAUUCAUACUGGGGAGAAACCCUAUAAAUGCAAUGAAUGUGGCAAAGCCUUUUGUCAGAGUCCAUCCCUUGUUAAACACCUGAGAAUUCAUACUGGAGAGAAGCCCUAUAAAUGCAGCGAGUGUGGCAAAGCCUUCAGUCAGAGCAUAUGCCUUACUCGUCAUCAGAGAAGUCAUUCUGGAGAUAGACCUUAUAAGUGUAAUGACUGUGGGAAAGCCUUUAAUCAGAGUGCGUGCCUCAGGCAGCAUCAGAGAAUCCACUCAGGAGAGAAGCCCUACAUAUGUACCAAAUGUGGUAAAGCCUUCAUUCAGAACUCUUCCCUUGUUGAACAUGAGAGAACUCACACUGCAGAGAAACUUUUUAAGUGUAGUGAGUGUGAAAAAACCUUCCGCAAGCAAGCACACCUUAGUGAACAUUACAGAAUUCACACUGGAGAGAAAGCUUAUGAAUGUGCUAACUGUGGGAAAUCCUUCAGGCACAGCUCAGCACUUGCUCGACAUCAGAGGCUUCAUGCUGGGGAAUAA